AACAAAGAUAGCCAGUACUUUCACUCCUCGAAGGCUCAUCAUGUUCGGCCUGGUUUUUCUCUUUGUUUAUCGCAGAGGAGUUUUUAGGAUCAUAAAGAGCCACGUUUUCCAAUUAUCGAUGGACCCUUCAAGUAAAGAAACUGCGCAAACUGAGUCGUCUUCCUCACAAAUGCUAAAUGACCAACAACUUGCAUCUAAUUCUGUUGAAACAACUCAGUUAUCUACAGAUGAAAAAUCUAUCAUCGCUAAAAAUGGGUCAGACGAUGAACGGAGGCUCAGUUUUGACAAUCUUAGACCCAGCAGUUCCAGCACACCAUCAACUAGCAAACAGACUGAUAUCAUCCUCAAUGAAAAUCCAGCCACCUCUAACGAAUGCGGUAAUACAAGUCGUGUAAAAAAGACAACCACGAACAGCUCAGAAGUUAAUGAGAAGCAUAUAAAUACGGAUCCAAGAAAAACAGGUGAUAUGCCAGCAAAAAGAAAAAGAAAGACAUCACGAGAUGAAACAAAGAGUAAAAAAUCCAAAGAAGAUAGUAAAGUGAGAACCCUACAUGCAUGUACGGAGGAUGAUGAUUUAUCUAAACCAUUUUCACUGAGAAAGUGCAGGUCAUGGUUUCUUCAAUAUGCAGCUCAAGAUGAUCCAGACACAAUAGGUCCAGAUGGUAUUGAGAAACUGUGUCGUGAUCUGGCUGUCGAUCCAGAAAAUGUCGUCAUGCUGGUGGUGGCAUGGAAAUUACAAGCUGAAACAUUAGGCUACUUCAAAUUCAAUGAAUGGAGCAAAGGAAUGGGAAAUAUGGAGUGUGAUUCAACAGCCAAGCUUCAAGCUCGUCUGAGCAGUUUAACUACAAUAUUAAGGGAUAAUCCAACUUUUAAGAAAAUAUACAGAUAUGCAUUUGACUUUUGCAGAAAUCAUGAGCAGCGUACCUUGGAUAUUGAUACUGCCAUGGCUAUGUUAAAAGUACUUCUAAACGGCAAAUGGAGUCUUAUUGAUCAUUUCCUAGAAUUUAUGCAGCAAUCAAAAUACAAGGUGAUUAAUAGAGACCAGUGGUGCAAUGUUUUGGAAUUCAGUCGAUCAAUUUCAACAGAUCUGUCAAACUAUGACGAAGAUGGAGCAUGGCCUGUUCUUAUGGAUGAGUUUGUGGAGUGGUACAGAACAAAAUAUCAGAAUACAGAAGCAUCUACAUGACGUUGUUGCUCAAUGUCAAUAACGCUAUUAUAUAUGGACUUGUUAAUGAGAAAAAUGAACAGAUUGACCUUGAAAAUUCAUUAACUUUUAAAGCCAUAAUAUUAUAAACUUCAAGGUAUAUUUGAAAGGAUGGAAAAGAUUGAUACUAAGGGACAAGAUAACUAUCAGCUGACAGUGACAUUUAUGAAAUGAGUAUUAAAACAUUUAUGGAUUGAACACCAAGAUAUAUUUGAGUAUUGUUUUGUUCAUGUUUUAUGGUGCGCAUAACAGCUGUUUAAUGGACAGUCACUAAUAAUAAUAUAAACUGUGAAACAUAUUUUUGAGCCUGAAUAUUAUUGCCAGGGUCUUUAUUCAAUUGACAUCAGAUAGUCUGGGGGAACUAUCUGAUAAAGUAAAAGUUAUAAUUCAGCUGAUCGAUGUCAAUGCCUUUAUCAGAACAGUACUAGCUGGUAAACCAUUUCGUGAUGAACAUGAUCCAUGCUAAUUCUACAGUAUUCUAUUUCCUUGUAAUAGCUUUGCAAUGUUGACCUACCUCAGAUUUGAAGCUCUUUUAUCAGUUUGGAAGAAGCCUCGAUGGUUAACCUUUUUUAGGACAUACUAUACAUUUGAAAUUUUGUUGGAAAUAAAGUUCUAUGAUUAAUUGAGCAA